UCUCAAAGAGCGAACCACGUCCACUAGAGGCAGCAGCAUCUUUUUAGUAUUUUUCACCCCUUUCGACAGUUUUCCACUCUUAAAGCAUCAUCAUGAAAUGGGCGGUGACGUCCGUCUUGAUAGUACUUUUGGCAUCUACUCAGGUUGAAUCCGAUGGAAACUACAUCUUUACGGCACCAGCCAAGCUUCAGAUGGGAGGCACGGAAUCCGUGUGUAUCUUACUGAGUGACUUUAACGAAGACGUCUUUGUCCAGAUUCGACUUGUGGAUAAUGGAACAGUUUUACAGAGUAUGAGCCAUACUUUUAAGGGAGGCGAGGGCGGGUGUGUGGACUUCCCAGUUCCCUUACUGACGGAUAGGGAGAACAGCUGGGAGAAGGAUGACCUGGAAGUGAUCGGUGUGGGUCAGGAAACAGACCAGCGUUUUGAAGGUCUGACCCAUGUCAAUCUAAUUGAGAGACAGUCUAGUAUUGUCUUCUUACAAACAGACAAGCCUUUAUACAAGCCUGGACAACUGGUUCGAUUUCGGGUUUUGGCGGUCGAUGAGCAGCUUCGUCCAGUCGCCAGUCCUAUCACUAUUGACUUACGUAACCCUAUCCUUGUCACCCUCGCCCACUGGGAGGAUCAACAAUCACAGUACGGUCUACAUGACUUCGAAUUCCAACUGUCCAAGGAGCCAGUAAUGGGGACAUGGACUAUCGAGGCCAACCUGAAUGGGACAAAAUACCCUACAAGUUUCAAAGUGGAAGAAUACGUUCUUCCGAAGUAUGAAGUUACUGUCACCCCGCCCCCUUACAUUCAGCCAUGGACGCCGUUUAUUGAGGGUGAAGUGUGCGCCAAGUACACCUAUGGUAAGCCGGUGAAGGGCAAACUGAGAUUGGAGGUGUGUCUGGACAAAGGGUAUGCGUAUUACUACCGCGAAGCUAGCGAUGACAGCAACAGCAACAGCAACAAGAUAUGUACACAGUUUAUUGAAAAGAUAGAUGGGUGCCAGAAGUUUUCUGUGAACGGUACCGUUAUUGGCCUGCCCUAUAAUACAUACAGCGUCUGGUCAGCCAAGGUUCGCUACAACGCCUCUGUCUUGGAAGAGGCCACAGGCGUGACCCUGUACGGAUCUAGUGAAUCGGGACCUAUUGAAACUAAGGAAGUGACCAUCGCAUUUGAAGAGGUUUCGGAGUAUUACAAACCUGGGCUGCCAUUCACGGGAAAGGUGGUGGUCACGCGGCCAGACAAGUCCGCCGCCCCAGGGGAACCAAUCCGACUGACGGCCAUGAGUUAUUUCCCUUACAUGCGCUUCGAGCGAAAUUUCACAACUGACAUUCACGGAUCGUUUUACUUUGCUCUUCCAGCCGAGGCUGCAAGACAGCAAUUUAAUAUUGAGGCGACAGCCCUCCGUUAUGAAAGAGGGGCUAUGAGUUUCCCCGAGAAUUACCACCAGGUAUCCUCAGCCAGGGCUUAUCGCUACCUGAAGCCCUGGUACUCCCCAUCUAACAGCUUCCUGGACAUCAGCAGUAUCCGGGAGACGGUCAAGUGUGGUGGGGACAUCCCUGUACAAGUAACCUACAGUACACCCCCAGACACCACCUACAACUUCCACUAUCAGAUUUUGGUACGAGGAAACAUAGUUAGAACUGGUAGUGUAGAGAACGCCUUUGCUGGGUCGGAGUUCCAUGGAACUGAGGAGAACAGAGAGAGCUUGAUUCGCAUCACCACUAUUGCGCCACCUCCACCACCUACCUUCCCAAAUAUCACGCUGAAUUGGACGGAGAGCACAACUCCAGUCGCCGUAGAACUGUCUGUGUCAGUGGAUGUUGAGUCAAGCUCCAGGGAGAAACGGGAAGUUGAAACCAGAAACUCUACUCACCUGGCUCGUUUUGAGUUUACCAUUCCACUGACCAGCGCUAUGGCAGGAGGCGGCAGACUGUUAGUCUACUAUAUUAGAGAGGACAAGGAAGUUGUGGCGGGGCAUGCCCAAUUUAAGGCGGGGAACUGCGUCGACAACAAGGUGGAGAUGAGUUUUGCUGAUAGUCCGGUGUUUCCGGGGGAUCCGGCCACUCUCCAGGUGUCCGCCAGUCCGGGCUCCCUUUGUGGUAUUGGAGUGGUCGAUAAGAGUGUACUACUUCUGGGAGGUCAAAACCAGCUGACUUUGGAGCAGGUCAUGGAAUUCUUACGCAAUCGGGAUCCAUUGAGAUAUCCCUCCGCAUAUUUGGAUUAUAAAGAAGCUAAUAUCUACUGUUUGGACAAGGUUGGAAUCCCCGAAAAGUAUGAAGCUGAGGUUGAUGAGAGACUUCUGAGGUUACAAGGUGACUGGUGGCAGCUGCCCUUCAGAUACCAGGUGGAGCAAGUUGACUCUAUGCAGGCAUUUCAGAGCACUGGUCUUGUAACAGCAACCAACCUGCGUAUUCUGACCAGACCGUGUGUUGUAUCUGAUCAACGUAAGUACUAUGAUUAUGACGAUAUGGAUGGAGAAGCCGGACAACCCAUUGCUGUCAUGAGCCCCGGUGUGGCUCGAACAGCCACAGACGCCGUGAUGUUUGAAUCGCCUGGAGAAAACACCGUAGUGAAGGCCGAAGAGACAAAGGCAAGGACCUAUUUUCCCGAAACAUGGUUGUGGGACAUUGAGAAAAUCGGUGAUGAUGGAAGGCUAACCCUGAAGAAACCCAUCCCAGACGCCAUAACAGAGUGGGUGGGCAGCACAGUAUGCACCAACACAAAAACCGGCUUAGGGGUGUCCGGUACCGCUAAAGUCACGGCCUUCAAGCCAUUCUUCGCCUCCUAUACGUUGCCGUAUUCUGUAAUCAGAGGGGAGAGGAUUCCAAUACCGGUGACAGUCUUCAACUACCUCACCGACUGUCUGGCCAUUCGGCUUGACCUUGAUGUGUCCAAGGGUCAGUUUGAGCUGGAGGGUGUGUCCAGCGUGACGCUGUGUGUGUGCGGACAAGACUCGGAAACACACAGAUUCCUCAUCACUCCCAAUACUCUGGGUGAUGUCAAUAUUACCGUUGAUGCCAGGUCUGUGACGGAUGCUGGAUACUGUAGUAACAGCCUGGUGAUGAGUACUGAGGGAAUCGGCGUCAGAGAUAUCCUGACCAGACCACUUCUUGUGGAGUCUGAAGGAAUCCCAGAGGAGUACACCAGGAGCAUCUUUGUCUGUCCCAAAGGUGAAGAUGCUAAAACAGCUGUAGAAGAAAUCGACAUGCUUCUUCCAGACAAUGUCAUCUUAGAUUCUGCACGAGGAUAUGUCACUGUAAUUGGCGACCUCAUGGGCUCAGCUUUGAAUAACCUCGACAACCUGGUGAAAAUGCCUUAUGGUUGUGGUGAGCAGAACAUGGCUUCAUUCACUCCAAACAUCUACGUCAUGGAAUAUCUGUACAGCACAAACCGACUCACUCAGGAAAUUUCUGAUAAGGCCACCAAUUACAUGAAGAUAGGAUAUCAGCGGCAGUUACGCUACCGCCACAAGGAUGGGUCUUACAGCGCCUUCGGCGAGAGGGAUGGCUCCAGCCAGCCCGGCAGCUCCUGGCUUACAGCAUUUGUCGUCAAAUCCCUGGCAAAAGCUCGCCCAUACAUCUUCAUAGACCAGAAAGAUUUGGACCAAAGUAUCAACUUCUUCAAGUCCUCCCAGGACAAUGAGACAGGAUGCUUCCCUAAAAUAGGACAGACCAGUGCCUAUUUAAAGGGUGGUUUGGAGGGACAGGCAAACUCGACAUUAACGGCAUACAUCCUGAUUGCCUUGCUGGAGGCUGACACCGCCUCACAGGACCCAGUGGUACAAGGAGCCGUGAAGUGUAUCAUGAACGACGAGUUCGACGACGUCUACACCAUCGCUCUCUCCGCAUAUGCUCUCACCCUUUAUGACGAAGGGCUACCAUUCCGACACGAGCUGAUGAGCAAACUCCGGGACACCGUGAUAGAGGAAGAGGGUCAGCAGCACUGGGAGAGGGCAGACAAACCCGAGAGACCGCAGACAAGAUGGUGGUGGUAUUACACGGCCAACUCCGCAGAGGUUGAGAUAACCGCUUACGCUCUCAUGGCCCUUAUCGUCAGUGAACAACAAGGAGGCAUCAUCAUUGGUCAGCCCAUUGUCCAAUGGCUAUCCAGACAGAGGAAUUCCUACGGAGGAUUUUCGUCUACGCAAGACACAGUCGUGGCUCUUCAGGCAUUGGCAGAAUACGGUACCAUAGCAUACACGGACGGCUUGGACAUGGCUGUCACUGUAUCCGACGACGAGGAAGACUUGGUAACAGUAGAGCUGAGCGACACGGACAGCCUCAUUCCUACACGACAGCGAAUAGACACCCUGCCUACGCAAGUGAAAAUAUCAGCUUCCGGGGACGGUUGUGCUAUGAUACAGGCCAACGCCCGUUAUAACGUCGAAGGGCAAACUCCGAAAGACCCUGCAUUUACACUGGACAUUAAGAUGUUCCAGUCGGUAAUGGAGCCAACAAAUUGCGACAGACAAAGAAUGCAGAUCUGUACACGUUUUACUGUGUCGGGUCAGGUAUCUAACAUGGCUAUAAUAGAGGUUAAAAUGGUCACUGGAUGGAUCCCUGAUGAAAAAACCUUAAAAGACCUUGUUAAGCUACCACUCUGGGGUAUACAAAGAUAUGAGAUUGAUAAUAACGUUGUUAACUUUUACUUUGACGAGAUCUCCGCCCAGAAGAGCUGUGUGUACUUUGAAGUGAUCAGGGAACUGGAGGUGAAUAACACCCAGCCUGGGAGAGUCCACGUGUAUGAUUACUAUGAAACAGAUUAUUCCGUGAUAAGUCCCUACGAAAUAGAGCCACAAUGCAACACUUUCCAAUGGAGGCCGAUCUUCUUCGAUGCGCUGCCAAGGCCACGUAAUUUUGCAGCUGGAGCACUAGGGGGAAUAGUGGAGCCAGUUAACGCUACUGCAAAGGUUGAUGAAGCAUCACCUGUUGUAACAGGUGUUAACCGGUGUCCUUACUGCCCAGAGAGCAGGCCCGAUAAUUUUGAAGAUCUUAUCUGUUCUUCUGAUGUUGCGUACAAGACACAGGCCGGAAGGACAGGAGAUUUCAAACUAAAAAUACGAUCGGAUUUCCGACCUGCUUCAGGGAAAGUUGAGAUCGAAAAAUUCUCCAACUUUGCACUGCCUGAAGGAUGUAGCUGUGAUGCUCUCGACGAGGAUAUCAAGGUGUUCGUGCUGGGACCAAAGGAUAUAUUUGAUGAGUCAUCUAAAACGCUGAGACUGGACGGAAGUGUGACUGUGGUUCGGCUGAUGAAAGGCUUAGACAAACAAGUUCGGCGUGUCGUCACCAAAAGUAGUUGUAAAUAGAGGAAUAGCAGUUAGCAAAAGAUGAAAUAUUUACUUAAGAUGUAACGAAGAAAUGAUACUGAUGCGAUUGUGUCUUUGUACGCAAUCGCAUUUGGAUCUUUGUACCCAAAGGAAUAAAGGCAGUCAUUUCAAUA